GUUUUCUUCCUUGUUUCCAAAGUUUCACUGGACCUUUAUAGUUCAAAUAAGCCGACGACUGCCGUCUUCCCAAUAUUUCACUUCUUUGACCCUCCUUCGCUCGUCAGUUGUGACUAUUCGGAGAAGGGGGAUAUGAAAGGUAGCAUCAAUUCACAACUGGCCUACAACCCGAUUCUUAGGCGUGCAUGUGUCACAAAAUCACCGUACACGGACUUCAUGUUCUCUUAGUAGGAAGCGCUCCAGCCUCCACAGACUGAGUCGGCGUCACAAGGCGUCACAAUAAGCCGGCGUCACCAUGCACGCCGCGGGCAGCACCACCAUCUCUGGCCUAGCGCCGUCACUGAGCGGCGCCUGCAGUCUGGUCGGGCUCGUCAUCGCCAAACAGGACCCCAGGGCGGUGACCAGCAAGCGCGACCCGCUAACCCAGGUCUCAGUGCUGGCCUUCACGCUCCGAGACUCUGUGGACGACACGAUAAAUGUGGCCAGCUGGGGCAGCCAGCGGCAUGUGGCGGUUCAGGCCGGCCUGUUCCACGUCGGCGAUACCAUCCUGGUGCAGGGCCCGCAGGUGGUGCCUCGUCAGCCCACCGAUGUGGAUGAAAACUACCGACCACACGCCUCCAGUCCGUUUCACCUGAAGCUCAACGAGUCCAGCUCUGUCGUGUCUCUGUUCACGGGCGACGCGUGUGCGUUCCGUGAUCUGUGGAGCGUCCCGCCGCCCCCGGUGUCGACACCACCGCCUCCUCCCCUCUCGGAGCUCUCUGCGUCGCCCAGCGUCCAGCCGGUCACCCGCUCUAUUCUGGCGCUCGUCAGACGGGUGGGAAAGCCGCGUGACGUGAACACGCGUCAGGGCCGGCAGCUGCAGAACUGUGAGGUCCGCCUGACCGACCCGAGCUGUAACAGCUUCGGGCUGCAGCUGUGGGACGCCGAGCUCAUCCGGCUGGCCCAGCAGUGGACACCCUGGGAGACUGUGCUGCUGGUCACCGACUGCCGGAUCAAGUACGACGCGUACCGCCAGACCGCCGUGGCGGUGGCCGGGUCCCAGACCGUGGUCACGCCCGAGCCGCGUCUCAGAGCUGCCCAGACGCUGGCCCAGUUCGGCCGGAGGUGCCGCGCCGAGCGCUCGGCCGCCGAACUCAACAGUGCUGGCGACGAGGAUAUCAAUCUGUCGUCGGUGCGCGACAGCUGCCCGAUCCUGGAGCUGGAGAAGCGUCUGCAGCAGCUAGAGGACGUCACUGCCAGUCAUGUGGUGAUCGUACCGGCCUUCGUUACCUGGCUGCCACUCGAUUCGGACCGCUACAAAAUCACCAGAUGCGGCCGCUGUUCACGCUACGUCCCAGAGACGGAGGGACAGUGCCGCAACCCCGACUGCGUGGCAGGGGCCGGCGGUCAGCUGCAGCAGGUGUUUUCGCUCCGUGUCGGUAUCGCCGACCACCAGGCCGGAAUGGAGAAACUGCUGCUGGAGGGUCGCCACGCCGAGACGGCACUCGGUACCACGCUGAGCCGGUUCGAGGCUAUGUCCGAGGCGGAGCGACUGGACCUGAAGCACAGCUGGCUGAUGGAGCACGCUCGGAUUUGGAUAAAGUACCAGAUGCGGGCCGAUGGCCGGCCGCUGCUGAAAAUUCUACAGAUGGAACGCACUUGCACCGACCAAUGAGUGUCGACCGGGACCAACCAGAUUCGAAACUGAGCCUUAGCUUCGCGGAUGGAUAUGGUGGAACACCACCCCUUAUCACGCAAACAUCGCUUGUCCUUGCGAGGGCUGAUUUGAUCAUACGAAAACUGGGCUCACAUGAGCUUCUUGCCCUGUAUCCUAUAUCAGCUUCACCUGGCUGUCUUCAGAGAACCGCAACGUGUCCUCUAAGGACCGAAACGUACCGUCAGAGGACCGUCAUUUGUCCUUGGGGGUAACGCGUCCUCAAAUGACCGCAACUUGUCCUUCUGUGUUGUGGCGAGGGAUGCCGGCACGCCUGCCCCUAACACUGCGGUCGCCGCAAUUGUUAUUCAUGUUUGUAUUUAUGUGUUUAUCAUGAUGUGGAUGUUUGUUGUUGGUGUGUUAUAAGUUACUAUAACCAUGUGUUGUUUUUACUUAAAUUUCCGUUAUAAAACACAAUAAAAGCUGUGA